CUGGUAUUAGACAGUGCGGACCCUUCUUAAAUUAGUCCCUUUCUUCUAUGAAGGGAAGGAUCGAAAAGCCAAAGCGCAUCCCCAAAGGCACAAAAUAUGGCUCGGCUAGUCUUGCUAUCUCUUGUCCUUCUUCUAGCUACUUGCCACGGCUCCGCCCAUGCCAUAAGGCCGGUGGCCACCCAACCGCGGGCAACCCCGGCGGCGUUUCCGCCCAACGCUAGCCAGGAAUUCCUCGAGGCGCAUAAUGAUGCCAGGUCCGGGGUGGGGGUGGGCCCUCUCAAGUGGAGCCAGGCGCUGGCCAACCUCACGAGCCUGCUGGUGAGGUACCAGCGGGACAAGAUGGGCUGCCAGUUCGCCAACCUGACGGCGGGGAAGUACGGAGGCAACCAGCUGUUGGCCAGUGGGCAGGCGGUGGCCCCACGCGCCGCCGUGGAGGAGUGGGUCAAGGAGAAGAGCUUCUACAACCACGCCGACAACUCUUGUGCUCCCAAUCGCCAGUGCGGUGUCUACACACAGGCAUCGUGGACGGCUGCCAACCCACAGGAAGAAGUCCUCGCGACCUCAUCCCUGAGGCUGGUGGUUGCCUGCAAGGCAGCCAACCCGGUUGUGUGGAGGAAUAGCAUGGAGUUGGGCUGCGCUCAAGCAACAUGCCCAAAGGACCAGACUAGUUUAACUAUAUGUUUCUAUAAUCCCCCCGGCAAUGUCGUUGGGGAGAGGCCGUAUUAAUCAAAAUAUGAAUCCUAUUAAUGUAAUACUAAUGACCAUCUGAAGCCGAGUUCCUGUAAUCUUUUUUAUGUCUCGCCCCAUAAGGAUUGAUUUAUGAUAGAAGGUUGUCAAUAACCCAUGGUCCUAUGCUAUCGUCCAA